CACGAUCCAAUUCUUCAGAGUAUAAUGUUGCUAUCCUUGAUCGGGGAAGGAUCCAACGUCUUUGAUCCUAGUCUCAUUGUUUUGUCACUUGAUUUUUAAUUUUAAUUGUAUUUGUGGCUUCACAGCGAUGGCAUUGCUCAAACUUUCCAGCACACUUUCCACCUCCGCUGUAAGCGUGGUAUUGUCACCUCCACGCUCUUCUUCACCUGCAUCUCUCACUGCACACUCGAAUGCUCUCUCGUGGAAACGCUCAUCCUUGCCCUCUCAAGCCUCGCCUCUUUUGUCUACGAUGUCGUCUCGUGCAUUGCCUUCCGGCGUUGCGUCUCCAUGCGCUUCUCAGGCUACCGGGGUUUCGGCAAAAUUAGCUGACGAUUCGAGCGCACCGCAUGAGACCAAAGGAGUAAAGGUUCAAAGCGGGGAGGGUGGCCUCACCAAAGUCGUUCUUUCAUCUCCAGACGGCAGCAAUGAAGCACAGGUUUACUUAUUUGGAGCAUGUAUCACUUCAUGGAAGACAUCGGAUGGCAAGGACUUGUUGUUUGUUAGGCCCGACGCUAUAUUUACUGGACAGAAGCCGAUUAGUGGUGGGAUCCCUCAUUGCUUUCCUCAAUUUGGUCCAGGUCCUAUUCAACAGCAUGGUUUCGCACGGAAUAUGUUGUGGGUUAUUGAAAGCGCACAAAGCGAUGAUGAGACCACAACUCUCGUUCUGAGCUUGCAACCCAGCGACUACAGUCGCAAAAUAUGGCUUCACGAAUUUUCGAACACAUAUAAGAUUGUGUUAGGUGUUGACAAAUUGACGACAGAGUUGACGGUUAAAAACACCGACACCAAUCCCUUCUCCUUCACGGCUGCACUUCACUCCUACUUCCGGGCUGACAUUUCUAAGACAUCAGUAGCGGGAUUGAAAGGCUGCACAAAACUUGACAAACCGUAUGAAGAUCCUGCGAACCCUAUUCAGGGCUUGGAAGACAGGAAUGUCAUCGAAUUUCCAGGAUUUGUGGACACUAUGUAUAAAAACACUCCUGAUGAGUUGUUGCUGGACAACGGAUUGGGCACCAAGAUUUCCGUUAGAAACGAUGGAUGGACAGAUGCGGUGCUUUGGAAUCCACAUUUGACUUUGAAUUCCUCUUACAAGGAUUUUGUUUGUGUUGAAAACGCCCAGCUUGUACCAGUGGAGCUCCAGCCAGGAGAGUCAUGGACAGCCAAGCAAUAUCUCAACCCUGUGUAAAUUUUGCGGCGCUAUAGUCGAUAUCCUGUGUAUUACAGAUAUUAAAGGAAUAUUAGACAGGAGCUUGUAUUCAGAAGCUGUUGAAUCAAUGGAUUAGCAUUCCUUUACAAGCGAGAAAUUUAAUCGCAGUGAUGCGAGUUUUGCCGAGACU